AUGGGCAAGUCACAGAAGAAGCGUUCUAUGCGCAGGCAUAAUCCCAUGCGGGUACCGGACUCGCAUCUCCCUCAGGGCCUCGCGGUUGCAUCUGCUUCGUCCUCGAAGUCCGAAGCAAUCCUACCUAUCGUCCAAAAGCUGGAGAGUGUUGACCCAGCAGAGCGCAAAUGGGCUUGCGUAGCUGUGUCCAAUCUCAUACAGAACGACCCCUCUACCCGGCGAUUGCUCCAGGGCAAGAAUAUCGUCGGCAAAUUGAUCACGCGUCUGUCAGAUAGCGAGGAAGAGGUUGUCGUAGAGGCAGCAGGCUCUCUGCGGAACCUAUGUAUAGACGGCGGAUUUGACAUCUGCGCCGAGAUGUUUAACAAGAACAUUCUCGCACCUCUCAAAACAUUUGUGCCCAAAAUCUCAACUACAUUGUCACAAUUCUUAGCGUCGCCAAAAGAUGCCCCCGAAAAUGCUCAACAACUCGUGUACGAGUUCGCCGACAAUGUGAUUACCAUCCUUUGGUGCCUCUCAGAGACCUCGAACAAGGCCUUGAACUCCAUCAACGAAAUAUCACUCGUGCCGUUCUUGAUGUCCUUCUUGGCCGCCAGGGAGAAGUUGCCGCUGUCGACCGUUGCUUCAGCCGCUCAGUGCCUGUACGUCCUUACGGACGAGAAUCGUCCCAUUAUCGAGGAGGUGCGAACCAACGCGGAGUAUACCGCAUGUCUCCUUUCCAUCGUGAGGCCGGAUGAGGCCGCACCGAAGCCCAACGGCAAGGACAAAGCCACAACGUCUGAUGAGCGCACCACCGCCUUCCGCGUCCUCACUUGUGGAAUUCUAAGGAACAUCUCACCGAUACCGCCCCCUUCUAUCGCUGCGACAGUGGACCUAGACCGGGACGUGGUUUUGCCAACGCUCGAACCGGUGCUGUCGACAGAUUUGCAGGAGGCCGCAGAAGCGGCCCAGCACGCCAUCGACCAGCAGGAGUCAAUACCGCAGCUCGAGAACCUGUCCCUCAAGCACACGCCGAAGUCGGAUCACAAAACACCCUCGGAGCUGGAGCUCGAACGACUGGAGACGCGGCUGCGCACGGUCCAGCUCGCUCUGGAGAUUCUCACCGGCAUGUGUGCGACGCUUCCCGAUCCCGAGGUUUUCAGCGGUGCAUCUAGCGCCGACGGUGCUCACUGUAGACAAUCUUGCCCGCUAGGCGAGGACGACGAGGACAUCGAAGACGCCGGGGACGUCGACAUGGCAGUUGUGGACACCGCGGACGCAGCAGCGUCGCAGCCUCCGUCGUUCUUCACCACGCUCGUCGCGCCGCUCCUGAAGUUCGUGCACCCGACCGCGCUGUCGUUCCCUCCCCUGGGCGCGCCGUCGCCGCACCCGCCCACGACCUCGGCGCUCGGCGCAAUACACGUCAGCGCGCUCGAGUGUUUAAAUAAUAUCUUCCUUUCCAUGGCGACGUCCUCGCGCGGGCAGCCGGCUGGCCUCGGCCUCGACCCCGCCAGCGGCCGCGCGGUGUUCGACGCCGUAUGGGGCGCGCUCCGGCUUGUGGGCACCGAGAUCACCAGCACAGGGCAGGAGCGGCGGCGGGAGAUGUGGGACAUCGGCGUUGGGGUGCUCUGGGGCGUGGGCAACAUGUUCAAGGGCGCACUCACGCCGACGGACGAGCAUGUCCAGGUGCUGAUACAGUUCUGCAACGCCACGUCAGACAUCCAGGUCAAAGUCAAGACGAUCGGGACGCUGGAGUGUCUCGUCCAGCAUCCAGAAUCCGUAGACGCGAACCGAAUGGUUUCCCAAUAUUUCUUGUCGUUGCUACCGCCAAACGCGAGCCCGCCGACGCCCACCGAGCCGCUCCUCCAAGCGGUGUCCGCGCUUAUCGACAUUUACUCGGACGAGGCCCUGCCGUACGACAUUAACUUCCGGCAAGGCCGCUACCUUGAUGCGCUGGUGCAGAGCGUUGAGGGCGUUCGCAAGGCUGUCCGUGGUAUCGAUCGGAAGAAGGAGCGUGAGCUUCGCGUGCGUGGGGAGGAGGUGCGAGAUAAUCUCGUGGCGUUUAUUCAGUAUCGGAGAGCCCUCCGACUCUGA